GUUAUGUACUACAACGAGGAGCUCCCGGAGAGGAUUGGCCAGCCGGACUGUGAGUAUUAUCUCAAGACAGGAGCUUGUAAGUACGGUUCAACUUGUAAAUACCAUCACCCAAAGGACAGGAACGGAGCAGAACCUGUCUUGUUCAAUGUUCUCAACUUACCAAUGCGUCAGGGUGAGAAGCCAUGUCCAUACUACCUGCGAACGGGAACCUGCAGAUUCGGAGUCGCUUGCAAAUUCCACCAUCCUCAACCUGAUAAUGGACACUCUACUGCUGCUGCUGCUGCUGCUGCAUAUGGGAUGUCUACUUUUCCUUCUGCAGGUUUACAUCACGCUGGUGGAUUAACAAUGGUGCCUACUUAUGGAACUCUGCCUCGUCCUCAACUUCCUCAGUCCUAUGUGAUGGUUUCACCUUCUCAAGGCCUCUUGCCUCCUCAGAGCUGGACCACUUACAUGGGUGCAUCUAACUCAAUGUAUGGUGUGAAGAAUCAAGUUUAUUACUCUGGUUCUAGUGCACCAAUGCCUAUGGGUGUGACAUUGAAUGGUGGUGAUUUGUCUGAAAGAUCCGAACAACAACAACAACAAUGUCGGUUUUUUAUGAACACUGGGACGUGUAAGUAUGGAGAACACUGCAAAUACACUCACCUUGGAGUAAGAGUUUCACCGCCACCACCUCCACCUAGUUUCAUAAACCCUUUUGUUCUCCCAGCGAGACCUGGACAACCACCUUGUGGGAGCUUUAAGUCUUAUGGAUUCUGCAAGUUUGGACCAAACUGCAACUUCGACCACUCGUAUCCAACAGGAUUGCCCAUGCCUUCGUCUCUGGCUAGUCCUUAUCCUUCACAUGUUUCAUCCAAUUAUCAGAGGAUCUCACCAGCGCCAAGCCGCUCUGGCUCAAAGGCUAUGCCUAAUGAUAAGCCUGAUGUCAAGAAGGAAAAGCCAGGGACUGAGAAACCGGAACAAGUGCAGGACUUGUCAUCACCACGAUCAUGAUUCAUGAUCACAUCAACGAAAAUCAUCAACAAUAUGGCUUGACCUCCUCCCCCCAACUCUCAGGCUUCUAAAGAUCUCUCUGCCCUUUUUUUGGUGGAAGAGGAGUGGAGGUUGAAAGUGUUUCUUUUUCUUUUUUCUUAUUUUGGAUGAUUGUCAUGGAUGAAAACAACAUAGGACGAAACCUUUUUUUGGUGGUAUGUAUGGGUUUUGAACAACAAAGCGAUGGGUCUCUUAAAACAGAAAACGAAACAAGAUAAAUAGUAAAACUAGUUCAAGAACUAGACUCAUUUAUCGAA